ACAAAGAAGAUACAUCAUUCUUUAUUACUAUACACUUUUCUUACACUUUCAGACCAGUACAAAAGAAUGGCGGAAGCGAAAGUUGCGUACAAUUAUCUCGGCAGGACUGGGGUCCAAGUUUCAAACCUGUGUUUGGGCACAAUGACGUUUGGGGAAGGGAUAAUGCCAGUUGCCACUCAGCUUAACGAAGAAAUGUCACAUAAGGUAAUGGACAGAUAUGCUGAGCUAGGAGGCAAUUUCUUGGACACUGCCAACGUUUAUGGACUUGGUGCAUCAGAGAGAGUGGUCGGCAGCUGGCUUAAAAAACAAGAUCGCAGCAGUGUUGUUCUAGCAACUAAAGUUAGGUUCCCGAUGGAUAGGAAUAAUGUGAACAAAGUUGGUCUUAGCAGACGACAUAUUAUAGAAAGUUGUGAAGAAAGUCUAGGACGACUUCAAACCAAUUAUAUAGACCUUUUGCAGUCGCAUGCUUGGGAUAACGCUACACCAAUUGAAGAGACAUUGCGGACAUUGGAUGAUCUCGUGAGAUGCGGGAAAAUACGAUAUUUUGGUGUUAGCAAUGUUUGUGGCUGGCAGCUGCAGAAAAUCGUCGACAAAAUUGAGAUGAUGGGUCUGAAUUCAUGCGUUUCACUUCAGCAACAGUACAACUUACUUGCACGUCAGUCUGAGUUUGAAGAAUUCAUGGUAUGUGCAAAUGAAGGCAUUGGUGUGUUGCCAUGGAGUCCUCUGAAAGGGUUUGUAAACAUCAUAUAA